AUGAAUAUUGAAACAUUCGUAUUCUUUGAUUUAGAAACAACAGGUUUACCAAGUAAAGAGAAUCCUGCUAAAAUUACGGAACUCUCGUUUUUAUGUGUAUCACGUCGUGAUAUAGAAAGAUCGGAUCUUAAAAAGUUGCCUCCUGUCAGUAAAUUAUCCCUUCUAUUUAACCCACAGAAAGAGAUAGUACCACAGGUUGUCAGAUUGACGGGCUUAUCAAAGAGUAUUCUGUCGAAUCAACCUAUUUUCGGUGAUAAAAUAAAAUGUAUUAACAGUUUUCUAGAGCUACCGAAGCCUGUCUGCUUGGUAGCGCACAAUGGUGAUCGAUUUGAUUAUAAAAUUAUAAAAAGUGAAUAUAAGAACGAGAAUACACACUUACCAGUGGAUCUACUUUGUGUGGAUUCAUUAAAAGCUUUUAAGGACAUCUUUGAAAAUGUUAAUUUUCAUUCAGAAAGCUUAAACAAUAGAGCUGCCUCUGACAGAAGCAACACAGAAGUAGAUGAUUCAUUGUGGCCGGAUUUAGAUGUGACUCCAGAGGAUUGGAAGGAAAUUGACGAUUUAAUUGAAUCAUUUUCAACGUUAACGCCGAAGGCUAAAAUUAAAAAGACGAAACAAAAAAUGAGUUAUACUUUAGCUAAUAUUUAUAAAACAUUGUUAAAAAAGGAACCGAUCGGUUCCCAUAGAGCUGAAGCUGAUUGUGUGAUGCUUUUGGAAUGUAUAAUAGCCACAAAGGCUCAUUUUUUGAAAUGGGCAGACAAUAAUUGUAAACUUUUAAGCUCAAUUUAA